GAUGCGUUUUAAGCAUGUGUGAGUGAUCGUGUUAAUGUAUGCAUGUAUGUGUCAAAAUCAGUCGCCAAUAAAUCUUCAAACAGUCCACACGUCUCUCUUUAAGAAAAAUCCCUACAUACAAAUAUCAACCUUAUUACAAAGAACAUUUGGUCGACAUCGAACCGGAGGAAGAACCAGAUAAGCGAAGUCCAGCCGGCCGGCGAGAACAAUAGAGGACCGCAUUCCUGAGCCUAUAGUUGCUAUCUGCAGUUGCGAAAUAAGGAAAUUAUGACAAAUUAAAUAAAGUGAAGAUUAUUAAGUUGUGUUAUCGUGUUGUUUACGUGAAUGGACAAGUAAAUACUGCAAUAUGAGUACUAACGAACAGUUAAUUCGUGUUUUGGAGGAUACAGCGGUAUUAUUGAAGAAAACUGAAACUAAUUUGAAGAAAUGUCCCAAACAACGUUUAACUAAAGGCUACUUAGAAUCUCGAGCACAGUGUAUCGACGCUUAUUGGAAAACAUUUACAUCGGCGCAUAAACAGCUGGUACAGAAUACUACAAUGCAGGAGCGCGGCGAGGUGCAGUACUUUCUUAAGGAAGAUUAUUAUAUCGUGGAGGAGUUAUACCUAUGUUUACAAGGUGAUAUCAAGGACGCGCUCGCUGUUGCCGCUCCCACACAUGUUCAAGGAACAAGUUCGCUGGAUAUCACGAUGUUUGAAGCUGUACAACAACAUGUCAAGUUACCUGCUAUUGUUUUACCUGUGUUUUCUAAUAACUAUGAAGAGUGGCCGACGUUUCACGAUUUAUUUACGUCGUUAGUACAUAACAACACGAGUCUUAGUAAGGUUCAGAAACUGCACUAUUUAAAGUCAAGUAUCGCCGGUGAAGCCGCUGCCUUAUUGAAGCAUGUUACGAUUACAGAACAAAAUUAUGAUUUAGCCUGGGAUACUUUAAAGCAAAGGUAUGGUAAUAAGAGGUUAAUUGUGAACUCCCUUUUGAAGAGAUUGUUUAAUCAAAAGAAGAUUACUACGCAAACAUCUAGUCAAAUAAAACAUAUACUCGACACUACGACGCAAUGUUUGAAUGAUUUACAAAAUCUUCAAGUGAAUAUAAACCAAUGGGAUCCGUUCAUAAUAUACCUGGUAGUGAAUCGACUCGACAACGAAACUCAUAAGGAUUGGGAGGAGCAUGCCUACAGUUUAAAUGCUGACCAGUUGCCCAAGUGGACUGAAUUAAAGAAGUAUCUCGAGUCGAAGUUUCGCACGUUAGAACUGGUUAACCCUGUCACUGCUACCGUACCUAAAGAAGCAAAAACACUUAAGGAAAAGUCUUACCACGUAUCAGCAUCAUCGAAGAGCUGUGUUUUAUGUAGGGAUGAACACACUUUAUGUCACUGUCAAGAGUUCACGAAAAUGUCACCUGUGGAGAGAAUUGAUUAUGUGAAGAAAACUAAGCUAUGUUUCAACUGUCUCCUGCCUGGACAUUCUGCAUCACGAUGUCGUCUUUCCUUUUCAUGUCGUAUAUGCAAGAAGAGGCAUCACACCAUGAUACACCAAGCGCAGAAUAAGGAGUCAGUGAAAACUCAAGCUCACCACAGUCAGCUGACACACCACGAAGAAGACCCGCAGAAUGAUGAAGAAGUAGAAGAGGUGGAAAUUUCGUGUAACUUUGCCUGCAAGAAAUCCAAAGGUCUGCUAGCAACAGCAAUGAUAUCUAUAAGGGACGACGAAGGUCACGUGACUCCCCUUCGUUGUUUAAUUGACCCAGGGUCAGAAUCAAGCUUUUUAAGUGAACGCGCAGCACAAGCUCUGCGAGUCAAGAGGUCACCUGUGAGAGGAAUUGUUACCGGUGUCGGCGACCUCCAGAUCAAGAUCAACAGCGUAGCACAUGUUCAAGUACUGUCAAAUCAAGAUGACAGUUUCCAGCUAGAUGUCAAGGCUUAUAUAAUGCCCUCAAGGCUCACAUCACAACUACCAUCAAGGAAGAUUAAGUAUGACCCACAAGCCUGGUCACACAUACAAGGACUCACUCUGGCUGAUCCUAAGUUCCACCAGCCAGGGCGAGUAGACAUGUUACUUGGUGUAAAAGUGUAUGCACAAAUACUAGAAGGAAAGGUUAAGAAAGGUCCACCUGGCACUCCAUGCGCUCAAGAAACAAGCCUAGGUUGGAUAAUAUUCGGAGAUGUAGAAGGCACAGCAGGCACUUUACAAGACACCAUAGUUGUGAUGCAUCAUCAGGUCGACGUAGACGACAUGUUAAAGGCAUUUUGGGAGAUAGACACUACAGAUACAAAGAAGAGUCUCACGAAAGAAGAAGAAAGGUGUGAAAUGAUUUACAAGGAGACGCAUACAAGAAACGAAGAAGGAAGAUACAUAGUAACGUUACCAUUCAAAAAAGAAGAACCACUAUCUCCCAAGGGACACACAAGAGACAUCGCCAUGCUGAGACUGAAACAACAAGAAAGAAGAUUCGAAAGGGAUCCUGAUCUUAAGAAUGAGUAUGUUAAAGCUAUAGAAGAAUACAUAAAUCUAAACUACAUUGAAGAAGUUCCUGAAGAAGAAGUUAACAAGGAGGCAGUAUACCUACCAUAUCACGCUGUGAUUAAAGAAGAAAAAGAAACUACAAAGACUAGAAUAGUCUUCAAUGCUUCUUCUAAAGGCUCUAAUGGCGUAUCCCUGAAUGACGAGCUCCUAGUCGGUCCUCAUCUACAGGAAGACAUGCGAAAUCUAGUCAUGAGAUGGCGUAUGCGACGUGUAGCCAUGAUAUAAGAUAUAAAGAAGAUGUACUUACAGAUUCUGAUGAGUCCGAAGGAUACUAAUUUCCAGAGGAUACUAUGGCGUAAAAAUACAAGCGAUCCUGUCAAAGACUAUAGACUGCUUCGCGUAACUUUUGGCACUGCUUCUGCGCCUUAUCUUGCUGUCAAGACGCUCCAACAAGUGGCAGAAGAUGAAGGCAAGGAAUACCCCCUUGCAUCGAAAACCAUAAAAGAAGAUUUUUUCAUGGAUGACCUGAUGACCGGGUCAGACACCGUGCAAGUGGCUGUAGAUGUUGCCAAGCAGAUCACUGAAAUAUUGAAGAAGGGAGGGUUUGCUCUCCAAAAAUGGGCUUCCAAUAGCACUGACUUCCUUAA